AUGUUCAUUCGCUGGAGUUCACCAGCUAGUACGGUGAAUACACUCCCGAUCUAUCCAUCGGACAGGCUAUCUAUAGCGGAAGGAGCUGGUUUUCUGGCUUUUUUAAGCGCCAACGGUGAAGCGGAGCUUCGAGCGCGCACAUCCGGUCAUUGGAUACAUUGUUCCGUAAGCAUUAACAACGUGCAAUACAGCUUGGAUAGCGAUCAGAUACAUCGGGUCGGUGAGAAAACCACGGUGGAGAGGUACGAUUCUGAACGAUGUGGUGUGCGAGUGAAAAACCUUCAAAAAGCCCUCGAAACUAAGUGGACACUCCACGGAACCGACCAGGGAGGACAAGACAGUAAUGGAAUCCUAGACGUGACCGUUUUGCCGCCAAAAAUGAUAGACCAGCUAAAUGUGACGAUUAGCGGUUCCGCCUCAGCAGCGACUAUCAAUUGCCCGGACAGGGAUAGCGCCCGCUACUGCCGGAUAAUGGAUGCCGAGCAGAACGUGUAUGAAUCCUGUUCGGCAUAUGUUGAAAUUUCGCAACAGCUUAGUUAUUUUUGGUGUCAUUCGAUGUUCUGGGGCGCGAUGAUGGAACGUAUCACGCAAGUCAACGUGAUUGUGCUGGAGGAUGAUAGCGACGUUAAAACAACAGUGGAAGAAACUGACGAUCAUAUCGUGCUAUCCUGUCAGUAUCGCUCGUCUAUUUCGCUUUGCCGCGCGCAAUCAGAAAACGAUAAACGCCAGUUCUUGUUACUUGACGGUCAUCUCACCGAUCGCUACUCCUCUUACAAUACAAAGAUAUCGAAAGGAAUUUGCUCUCUUGAGAUAAAAAAACCGUUGAUUCCGGAGGACAUUGGGGUUUGGCGAAUUUAUCAACUACUCAAUCCAAACGAUUACACGGGGUGUGUGUUUGAUAUCAAAAGCCGGCGCUCAUCGAAAUCUCGCUUCAUUCGCACUAGAGGCUCUGCUAAGGAGAAUCGAGUCGAACUCCCUUCGACUAGUAUUGAAAUCUUCCGCGAUCCCCGUUCAUCUAGCUCGAGUGUAACGCAGAUCUCCUGCGAAGUACCCUAUGCUCUCAACUACUGCUACUUAUCCGGUCCAACGGGAGGCGAUUAUGCACCACAGCGAUUCGAUCGCCUGAAGUCACUCGGAAUAUGCCGCUUCGAGGUAACUAACAUUACUAGUGGCAUGUGGGCCUGCGGCAUCAAUGACCCAGACGGUGCUCAAGAUCGUCUGACAUACUACAACGUAAGCGUGUACCAGCAACCGGGACGUACAGUUUCCGGUCAGCUCACAGCAAGUACUGGGGAUCGUGAGCAACGAUUGCUUUGUCGUACUAUUCUGAAUCUUCCCAUCAGUAUUUGCCGAUUCGUUGACCCAUCUGGUGAAGUGCAUGGACUCUCAGACAUGAGGAAACCCUCGACCGAUGCUCGAUAUCGAUAUCACGGGGCAGGACUACGUGAGGGCGACUGUGGGCUGGAAAUAGUCGAACUACAAGAGAAGGACUUUGGCCGUUGGAAGUGUCUGUUCAAGGUGCGUGACCGAGAAUACGAGCUUUCGAUGGACAUAGUAGAAGAAGCUAUGAGUGUUGGCACGAUUAUUGCAAUUAGCAUCGGGGCUACAACCGCACUCGGAAUUAUCGGAUUCUUCGCCUAUCGCAAAAUGAACCGUCGUUACAUGGGUCCCAACUAUACCGUUUCAUCAAGCAUGUCCAACGAUUCGCACAAUUCGUAAGCAAAAAGCGAGGGAUAUCAAAAAUAUCCAAGUAAAACAGUUCCAUCCUAUGAAUCGGUAUUUCUUCAAUUGUAUGUAUUGUACGCGUUUGACAUUGAGUGUCUCUUUGUAAC